UCCAGAUAGACUUAGUACGGCCACUAAAGCUGAAGGACUGUACCAUUGCUUUAAAAAAAGGGGUGUGUACUGAAAGCCGCGUCCGGUUGCCUUGGUAACAGUCAGCGGCGCGCUAGCUGGGUUUGCUCCCGGAAAGUGAUAGGAGCCUCUGGGACAAGAGAGGAGAUGGCCUCGGUACCGGAGAGCAAGGGGGUGUCGGUGGUUCUGCUUCACUUCAUGGAAAUAGAGAAGCAACUGAAGGAAAAAGAUCCAACGUUGGAUGAAGAAGCCUUGCAGCAUUUGGAGGCAGUAGUGGAUGCUGUUAAAGAACUGGAGGACAGUAGAAGGGCAACACGUGAGCUUCUGGAAGCGGAGACAAUUGAAAACAGCAAACUUCGGUACAAAGUCACGCAUCUUCCCGGAAUUAUAUCAAAGGAGAUAGAAGCUGCGGUCACAAGUGCUCGUGAAUGUGUCUCCUCGGAGAUGCUGCAGUUACAGAAUGAACUGAGAAGAAUAACCUUGGAACUGGAAAACACUGAGAAGAAACAACUGGAUUUUGAGGAACUGAAUUCUUCUCUUGGGAUUCAAGGAAGAACACUGUGGAAUGAACAUCAAAAAGCAGUUGAUCUGCUCAACCAGCAUAUGGCAGACAAGGCCCAUCAAAGCAUCCGAGUGAACCAGACUCAUGGCAAGCGAAAGGAGGCUGAAGAAGCUGUCAUUGAGUACCAGCACAAGACUGAAGAUCUAGCUGAGGAUAUGGUCACUGAAAAAAAACUAUUUACUGCAGAAACGGAAAACCUAGAAGCUCAGAUUUUAGAAACACAAAAGAAGACUGAGGCCCAGGAUGCCAAAAAUGCAGAAAAGAAGGUAUACUUGAGCCAGCGGAGAUCAGUACUGUUUGAUGUGGAGGAGAAAGUUAUUAGUGAGAAAGAGAAUGUAACUUCAGUGAGAAAUCAGAUCUUACUCCUUCAAGCUUCACAUGGAAGACUAACCAAUAAACUAGACCUUCAGAAAAAACAAUCUCUGGAUUUGUCCAACAAAAUAGAUAACCUAGAAUUACAUAUGCUUAAUCAAAAGGAGGAUUUUAACAGAAAAAGUGAUUCCUUAAACGAUACAUUAUCAAAGCUGGAUGAGGAAAUGAAUACAGCAGAAAUACUGCAUCAGUCUAUAGAAGAGCGGCACAAAGCUUUGAAGCUGGAAUACCAGACUGCAUCCGAGGAAGAAGACCGACAACAUGCUAUGAAGAAAGACACAGCACUGCAGCUGGAAAAAUCCAGAGAUCUUCUCAAUGAGAAGCAGGAACUAUUAGGAAAACUAAGCUGGGAGCUGACAGAAAUGGAUUUGAAGUCAGAAGAGCUGGUAGAGAGUAUGCGAGUCACUACAGAACACCUUGCUGCACAAGUAGAUGAAGUUAAGGAAGAUCUGACAAAUGAACGACAGAAAAGAAUGGCAAUUCAGAUUAAAAAAGAUGAAGUGACAAAAGAGAUGGAGCUGUGGAAAUUGUCUGAGAAAGCUAUAUUGAAAGAAUUAAAACAAAGAAUAACAGCAGGACAAAAUAAGCAAAUGUAUUUGACUUCAGAGGGCAAACGUCUUGAGGGGGAAAUUGAGAAAUGGGAAAAAGAGAUCUACAGUAUAAGUGAAAAACUGGAUAAUGCAAAUAAAGAAUAUUUAACAGAAGAACAGAAUCUCAAGAAACAGAUAAAGACACUGGAGGAGAAAGUUCAAGUUUGUAUUAAACAUCUAGAAAAUGAGCAAGAAAAACUGGCCCACAACAUUCUUAUUAUGAAGGAGGCUGAAGACACCUACAAUAAAGAGAAUACAGACUAUGAGGAUUUAAAGAAACAUGCUGGAGGACUUAGAAGCAGACAGAAAUCCUUGGAGCAGUCCAUCAGUACAAUUGGCAAGGACAUUCAGGCUAACCUAAAGAUAAAGGAGGAUAAGAAGAAAUCUUUAAAGACACUUAGAAAUUCUGCAUUUAAUAAGCUCCAGAAUGACCUUGGAACCAUAAAGCAGAUUGACAAAGACAUCUAUGAAAUAAACAGAAAACUUGAGCUGGUUAUUAUGGAAAACUGCAGACUGAAGCUGAAAAACACCCAGUAUAAGGACGAUAUCAAUGCAAUCAAGAACGAGGAUGAAAAGCACAUAUCAGCUACCAAGCAGCUGGAAGGAGACCUAGCGUGUCUUAUAGAACAUCUACAUAAAGGCUGGGAAGAAGACAAUUUUAUUUGCGAUGAUUUUUCCGAAAGGGAGCAAGAGAUUUUGGAUUCCAUCAUGGAGCUUUUAAAGAAAAUUAAUAAAAGAGAGGAGAAAGUUGAAUAUCUAAAUGGUAAAUUACAAGAGACAUUUGCAGGACUGGCGUCUCUCUUACAGUGUAAAACAGGAACGAAAGGCAUUCACUGAGCCCUGCUGCCUUGAAGCAUACAAGGACAUCCAAUCUUUGAAGACGUUUUUAUUUUUUACAGUCACAUCAAACAAAAAUGUAUAUAUGACAAAUCAACGUAUAAAAGAAAUACAUAAGAUGUAAAUGACUCACCUUCAUGUAUCCACAAAACAAAUAAAUAAUAUUACAAGAACCCAAAA